AUUUCAAUGGAAUUUUAUUAAUUUAAUAACGCAAAAAUGAAAAUUUCUCGACAAAGAAAAGUACAAAAACAUCUGAAUUUCUAUAAAAAUAAUUUUAAAUUCAGAGAACCCUUUCAAGUUCUCAUUGAUGGAACUUUUGCAUUCGCUGCUCUUGAGGCCAAAUUUAAUAUCAAGGAACAAGUGUCUAAAUACUUUCAAGCCGAAGUGAAACUUUUAACAACUCAAUGUAUGAUUUUGGAGACAGAAAAAUUGGCGCAAUUAGAAUCAAAAUUGAAUGGUGCCUUACGAAUUAUAAAACAAUUUCCCGUUCAUAAAUGUGGACAUGAAAAAAAUUCAAUUUCUGGCUCCAAAUGUUUUAAUUCAAUGAUUUCUAAUAAUAAUUCUUCAAGGUAUGUAAUUGCAACUCAAGAUCGUGAAUUUCAAGAUCACAUUAGAAAUCUUCGAGGAGUUCCACUUCUUUAUUUACACGAUAAAGCACCAACUCUUGAGAGACCUUCGGAAGCCACUUGCAAAUACGCUGAAGAAUUACGAAAUGGAAUUGUAACAAACACUCUACAAAUUCAAACUGUUAAGGUUUUAAAACAAAAGUCAGGUUUGGAAGACAUGGAAAUUAAGUUCAAAAAAAGACGAAAAAAAGGUGGUCCCAAUCCUUUGAGUUGUAAGAAAAAGCAAAAGAAAAGUGUUGUUAAUCAAUCGAGUGCAUCAAAUGGAAAAAUACGUAAAAGAAAAAGAAUUAAAAUACCAGCUCACAUAAAAGAUGCUCUAAAAAAAUAAAUCUCAUUUUAAUUUCUUAAAUUAAAAAAGUUGAAUAGUAAAAAUAAAACAAACCGACUAAUUAUUGUAUAUAAUUAUAAAAUUUUAAUUACAGAAAAUUUAAAUUUAUUUCAAUUUUAAUUUAAUUAUUAUAAAUAAUAUGAUAUAAUUCAAAAUAAUAAUUAUUUAAACAAAUACUAAUUGUAAAUAUAAAUACAAUACACAAUUUGUAUAUAAGAAACGAAUUUAUUUAUCUUUAUAAUACAUUUCAUUUUUGUUUAGUUAAUAAUA